AUGUCUGCUGUCAACCGCGGUCUCCGCCAGGCGUCCAAGCAAGUGCGCCUAUCCCAGCGUGUUAGCAACCUCAGCUGCACCAGAUCCUCCGCCGGUCUCCAGUCUGCCUUCAGACUCCAAAACUCUUCCUCCACUUCCACCUCUGCUCUCCCCAACACCCGCACCAGCAGCUUCUCUACCAUGGCUUCCCUCCAGUCUGCCGCCCCCGGCGUCACGCCCAUGCCCGCCCACCACAAGGGCUAUGACCCCGAGAUCACCGACAUUGCCGACUAUGUCCUCAACAAGAACAUUGACUCUGACCUUGCUUUCGACACUGCCAGAUGGGUCUUCCUUGACACUCUCGGCUGCGGUCUUGAGGGCCUCCGCUUCAAGGAGUGCACCAAGCUCCUUGGUCCUACCGUCCCAGGCACCGUUGUCCCCAACGGCCCCAAGGUCCCCGGUACCCCCUACCAGCUCGACCCCAUCAAUGCCGCCUUCAACAUUGGCGCCAUGAUCCGCUGGCUCGACUACAACGACUGCUGGCUCGCUGCCGAGUGGGGCCACCCCUCUGACAACCUUGGCGCCAUCCUCGCCGUCGCCGACUGGAUCACCCGCACCAACAAGGCCGGCGGCAACCUCGCCAACGGCAAGCAGUUCACCGUCCGCGAUGUUCUCGAGGGCAUGAUCAAGGCCCACGAGAUCCAGGGCUGCCUCGCUCUCCUCAACUCGUACAACAAGGUCGGUCUCGACCACGUCGUCCUCGUCAAGGUCGCCUCCACCGCCGUCGUCUCCAAGAUGCUCGGCCUCAACGAGAAGCAGACCGCCGACGCCAUCACCCAGGCCUGGGUUGACGGCCAGUCCCUCCGCACCUACCGCCACUCCCCCAACACCAUGUCCCGCAAGUCGUGGGCUGCCGGUGACGCCUGCCAGCGCGCCGUCAACCUGGCCCUCAAGGUCCUCAAGGGCGAGCCCGGUGUCCCCACCGUCCUCUCCGCUCCCGUCUGGGGCUUCUACGACGUCCUCUUCAAGGGCAAGAAGUUCGAGUUCCAGCGCCCCUACGGCAGCUACGUCAUGGAGAACGUUCUCUUCAAGGUCUCCUACCCUGCCGAGUUCCACUCGCAGACCGCCGUCGAGGCCUCUGAGAAGAUCCACGCCCAGCUCAAGGCCAUGGGCAAGACCGCCGCCGACAUCAAGGAGGUGACCAUCCGCACCCACGAGGCCUGCAUCCGCAUCAUCGACAAGCAGUUCAAGCCCAUGGACAACUUUGCCGACCGCGACCACUGCAUCCAGUACAUGUGCUCCGUCAUGCUGACUUUCGGUCGCCUGACCGCCGGCGACUACACGGACGGUUCCGAGGCCGCCACCUCUGAGCUCGUCGAGUCCCUCCGCAAGAAGAUCAAGUGCGUCGAGGACCCCCAGUUCACCGCUGACUACCACGACCCGGCCCUCCGUACCAUCUCCAACGGUCUCACCGUCGAGCUCAACGACGGCACCUUCCUCGAUGAGGUCGUUGUCGAGGCUCCCCUCGGCCACCGUCUCCGUCGCGAGGAGGCCAAGCCCCACAUCCUCGCCAAGUACAAGCGUCACUUGGAGCCCCACUUCAGCGCCGACAAGGUCGAGAAGCUCGUCGCUCUUGGCCAGAACCCCAAGGAGCUCGAGGCCAUGUCCGUUGAUGAGUAUGUUGACCUUUAUGUCAACGAGAAGAGCGAGUUUGUCCAGUAA